UUUCCAUUGUUGUUUUGGGCGGGCACUCGAGAGCCAACCCACAAAGGAAAUAGCUGGAAACGUGGUGAGACGUGAGAGACGUGAAACUCCUCAACCCCGCAGCUCAGCAAUGGCGGCAGUGACGCGCAUGGCGUGUGCAGCCACGCUGGCUGUGCUGCUUGCAGCCAUUGCCUCCUCGCUUCAUGUUCAUGCACAAGAGGCGUGCAUGCAGUCGCAGCCAGACGCAUGCCCGUUUGGCCAGGCGUGCUUUCCAAUCAAAGAAGUGUGCACGGUCGAGGUGGAUGGCACGACCGACUGCCCCGGCGUGUGCGACGAACCGCUCCAAUUUCAGGUGGAAGACGUGCCUGCAGGCACGGAUACCGGCGACGCAUGCAGGGAGCCUUGCUCCCAGCUGGCUGAGCGAGACAACAUCCCUGGGCGGCAGGACGACUGCGAGGCUGGCUGCACUCUCGGGGCGCAAGCAGCGUCUCGGGGCGAGUGCGCAUCCCUGUGCGAGCUGACAGAGGACCUUGUCUGGGUGGCGGACUGCGAGGCCGCCUGCCAACGCUUCUUCGACAUCAGCGCCACCACGGACCAGGCAGCGACCUGCGCCAGCGCCCGCUCAAACUGCACGGCCUGCGCUGCCAUGUCUUGCUCUUACUGUCAGAUUACUCAGUCUGGCGUGGUCUUGUACACGGACUGCCUUGAUCCGGAUGACGAAGCCUCGAGCGCAGACUGCACAGAGCUCGGCGGCGCACUCAUUAGCAGCGCGUCCUCUUGCCCCGUGGCCACAGAUCCGUGCGCCUCCGAGCGCCCGUGUGAACAGCUGCAGUGUGACGAAGGAGAGCAGCUCAUGACGCUGCCGCUGCAGGACGGAGAGUGCUGUCCCCAAAUGCUCUGCGUCACACAAGACACGCCGACAUGCGCCCAGCAGGAUACAUGUGAGGGCUGCUUCUCCCAGGAGGGCUGCGUGUGGUGCAGUGACGGUACGGUUGAUGGUGUGGCCGCGUGCUUGAACACCAACGGCGCAGGCGCGCUGUGCUUCGAGGAAGGCGGUAUGCUGGCUGCAAACGCCAGCCAGUGCUCCCAAACCUGCCCAGGGACAUGCCCGACGCCGAUCUGCGAGCCCGGAUAUGAGCUGGUUGAAACGCCCCAGCCUGGCCAGUGCUGCCCAGAUGUCGAGUGCCGUCCCACAAGCGCCACGUGUCAGACCAAGGCAUCAUGUGGUGACUGCCUCGGCACGAGCGGGUGCAGCUGGUGCGCGCUGUCCGACAUUGGCUUCUGCUUCGUGACGUCAGACCUGGAGGCCGCUGCUCUCGACUGUCAGGAGCAGGGUGGCGAAUUCUUCGAUCCACAGGCAACGUGCCCCGCAGCCUCAACAACAACAACAACAACAACAACAACAACAACAACAACAACAACAACAACAACAACAACAACAACAACAACAACAACCGGAUGUGACAAUGUUGAAUGCUCUGUGCCGCAGUGCAACGCAGACGAAUUGCCUGUUCAAACGGACUUUGACGGUUGCUGUGCUGUCUACUCAUGCGAACCCGUCGUGGAGUGCCGGCGAGGUGAGACGCCAACUGGCACAUCGUGCACCUGCACGCGCGAUACAACCAACUGCCUCGCAUGCGCCGUGUCCACGGUCACGGGCGAGGAUGUGGGCUGCCUCCGCUGUCGCAAUGCGCUCUACUUGCACGAGGCCCAGUGCGUGGAGCAGUGCCCAUCAGAGCUCACGAGCUACGGUCUCGGCAACUUUGGACGCGAGUGUACAAACCCGUUCACAUGCCGCGGCUCCACCGUCGAGUCUGAUCCGUCUCGCGAGUGCGUAUGCACAGAUAUUGCCAACUGCUUCCAGUGCGAUUGGGAGGCCGGCAAUGCGCCUGGGCAGUCGACAUGCACGCGCUGCAGGAAUGGCCUUUACCUGAGCGCGGACACCUUCACAUGCAUCUCUGCAGAGGAGUGUCCGAGCGGGUAUGCGCUGACAGGGAGCGGCGACUAUGGCCGACGGUGUACGCCGCCCGCCACGUGCACAGAUGGCGUCGACGGCAACGGCCUGCCGUGUGACUGCCCGAGCGGCUGCAGCACGUGCACAUACGGUGUUGGUGUCAACAACGUUGUGUGCACGGCGUGCUCAGCCGACUUCUACCUCGUGGGUGUUGAAUGCCGUGAGCGGGCAGAGUGUCUUCGGGACACGAUUGUGGGCUCCCCCACGGGCGAAGGGUGUGACUGCGGGAUUGAGGGGUGCCACCGCUGCCGCAUCACCAAGAGCACGGGAGAGGUUGAGUGCACCUCGUGUCGUGAUAACAGAUACCUCUCUGAGAAUCAAUGCGUUACGGAGUGUGGAGAAGGCACGGUUCCCGUCGGCACGGGCUUCUCCUCCUUUGGCCGUUACUGCCACCCAGGGCCUGUCGUGUGCCGUUCCCUGCGCGUGCAAGACAACACCUCUCCAUUCCACGGCGCCAAGUGCCCCUGCGAACCGGACUGCUUCCUGUGCCAAUGGACAGAGCAAGGCAACAUCUGCCUGCGCUGCCGCAACGGCCUGUAUCUCCACAAUGGCCAGUGUGUGCAGCAGUGCCCCUCCGGCUUUACGAACUACGGCCUCGGCGACUACGGACGCGAGUGCCUGGAACCGUUUUCGUGCCGUUCAAACCGUUUCCUGACGGACCGCACACGACCGUGCAAGUGCACUGACAACACCAACUGCUUCCAGUGCGACUGGGAGGCUGACAACACGCCCAGACAGGCCACAUGCACACGCUGCAGGAACGCCAUGUACUUGGCUGAUGGGGAGUGUGUUGAGUCGUGCCCUGAAGGCACCACCCCAUCUGGCAGCGGCAACUAUGGUCGCGAGUGUGUUUAGUCGACGCUUGUAGUUGUGUUCAUGUGUGUGUGUGUGUGAGUGUGUAUGAGUGUGCAUGUGUGUAUAUGUAUGUGUUCAGUUCGUUUCAUGUGCAUGUGUGUGUGUGUGUCGGCUAUCGCUGAUAAUCAUCGCAAUUCCCAACCCCGUCUCUGUCUCUCCACCGCAACGCCCACCUGGUGUCUGCUGCGUUUUCUUCUGUUCUCAAUCCAACACAACGCACUUUGGUCGUCUUCAAUUACACAGCAGCAAAGCCAUA